AUGUCCUCUGCUCAUGAUGCCACCACCAAGAUAUCCAUUGACAAGUUCGACGGCGACAACUACGCGACAUGGAGCCGCUACAUGCGUGGCGUGUUUCUGACCAAGUCGACGUGGCACGUGGUGAACCGGGAGACCACCCCCACCUUCACCGAUCCUCGCGCCAGUGACGACUACGUCAAGACGAACAACAUUGCGUUCGGCUUGAUGCUGCUGCACAUGAGCGCGGACUACCAUCACAUCGUCGAUGACUGUGAAGAGGCGUGGGUCGCGUGGGCGCGUUUGAAGACGCUAUACGGCGGGUCGCAGAAGGCUGGACGCAUCUACUUGAAGCGCCAGCUGUUCAGCAUGGAGAUGUCGGAAGGCGGCAAUGUGAUGCAUCAUUGCAACGAAGUCCUCAACAUCAGCGCGAAUCUCAGCAGCAUCGGCGCCAAGAUGGAGGACGAGGACGUGGCGAUCUGCUUGUUGAGCAGCCUCCCCAAGAGCUACGAGAACGUCGUUCUCAACUUGGAGAUGAGCAGCGCGGAACUGCGAUCGCGAGACGUCGUGAGCGUGAUCACUAAUGAGCACAUCAAGAGGCAAGUGUACAUACUGCGGAAAAUUGGACACACGGCGGAGCGGUGCUGGACCAAGCAGAAGGACGAAAACCAAGGUGGAGCUCGACGCGGCGGCAAUAAUGCUCGUGGACGCGGAGCCAACAACGUUCAGUGGCGAACCAACAGCAACUACGACGACAACUACGAUCGAGUUGCGUUCGCGGUUUCGCUGGAGGCUAGACUUUCGACGGGCAAGAAUAUGCCAGGAAUGUGGGCAGUCAACAGCGGUGCGACGCAUCACAUCUGCGACAACAAGGCCAAGUUUGCAAGCCUGAAUGAGCGAGAGGAAGGCGAACUAUCAGUGUCUGAUGGCAGCAAGGCUGCGAUCAAGGGUGUGGGAACCAUCAUGGAACGGGUGGUUCUGCCCAAUGGUGACGAACGCGACAUCGAGAUCAAGGACGCACUGUUCGUACCAAGUAUGAGUAAGAAUCUGCUUUCGGUGCCACAGAUCAACAAGGGUGGCAGGUUCCAAGUCGUGUUCGAUGGGUCCAAGAUUAUUGAGGGUUACCGGUACAAUCCGAACCUAGCGCGUAGUUCUUACGAGAUAGUUUUUACAUCGGUAAUUAUCUCAGAGAUGAUUAGACGCGUAGGAUGA